UAGAUACAGUCAGCUGUAAAGCCGAUUGUACCAAGAUGUAAAUAAAAUUCAUUUGUAACAUCGAUAAAACCGUUUAUUGCGUCGUCAUUGUGUUACAGUUUGACAUUGAUAUGAACAAAUUUAGCUGGUGCGGCAGUCAGAGUAUCGAAAUGUUAGUGACGAGAUCCAGCGGGGAAGCCGCAGUCGCGUCCAGCGCCCGUCCCGACGCCACGCCGCGUUGCGUCGAUGCUAUCCGAAAAUCGAUAUUAUCGUAACACCGACGUAUACCAUUUUAUUGCCAAACGUAAACAUUUUACGGCUGUUUAAAAAGUUUUACUGUGACGUUAUUUUAUACAUCAUUGUAAUUCUCCGUAUCCUUAUUCUGAUACGUAUUAACAACAUCUGUAACACUUUAUUCUGUCGGGAAAUACAGCGAGAUUUUUACCAGCUGUUUCCAUAUGAUAUAAAACUUUGUACGUUAAAAGUUUACAAUGAAUUUAAAACUACAAGUGUUGAGAAUUAAUGGUAGCGAUAUCUAAAAACAUGAGAAGUAAUAUUGUUAAUAUUUUACAAAUGCAAAGACAUUUCCGUCGCAAGAGUUAAAUGUCCGUUGCGUGUAGCGUCCAGCUCUUUAAUAAAUUGCGUAAAAUAUGCUUCAGAUGUGAGUUUAGUAUAAACAGACUAGUGAAGGUCGUGGUUUGCGUAGACGACGCGCCGGGGAAGUUGGCAAGCGAGGCGCGCGCGUCUCUCGUGACGCGGCGACUUUUCCGCGAGCCCUGCGCGUCCGCCGCUCUCAGUCACCACUGGCAACGCUCGAGGAUAUGCCCGUGUUAUGGAUUACCAAUGCGUCGUCGUCUACACCGUUAUCAACAUUGCACCGCCGCGUAUCACAUCGCAAGCGGCCGAUCUAUCCAAUGGAUGCAUCGCUUGGUUCAAAAAUAAGCUUAAAAGAGCAGUCGCAGUAUAUCUCGAAUCGCUUAAACUAACGCCAGGUAAUGGAUUUGUACACGGGACUUUAGCUUGUGUCUAUUAUAAACAAGGGCUUAUAGACCUGGCAAUAGAUACGUACAAGCGAGCUAUAGAGCUUCAACCUAAUUUUCCUGAUGCCUAUUGUAAUCUUGCUAAUGCACUUAAAGAGAAAGGUCUUGUCUCUGAGGCGGAAGAUUGUUACAAUGCAGCUUUGCGUUUAUGUCCAUCGCAUGUUGAUACAUUGAAUAAUCUUGGCAAUGUUAAAAGGGAACAAGGAAAAAUUGAAGAGGCAACCAUUUUAUAUAUGAAAGCAUUAGAAGUUUUUCCUAAUUUCGCUGCCACGCACAGCAAUUUGGCAUCCUUGUUACAACAACAAGGUAAACUACAUGAGGCCUUAAUGCAUUAUAGGCAAGCUAUUAACAUACAACCGAAAUUUGCUGAUGCAUAUAGUAAUAUGGGAAACACUUUAAGAGAACUACAAGACAUCAGAGGUGCUUUAGUAUGUUUCAAAAAAGCAAUUGAACUCAAUCCCACAUUUGCUGAUGCACAUUGCAAUUUAGGAAGCAUUUUAAAAGAUAUGGGUAAAAUAUCGGAAGCUAUUGCAUGCUACGAAAAUGCUUUAAAAAUAAAGCCGGAUUUUCCUGAUGCCUAUUGUAACUUAGCGCAUUGUUUUCAAUUAAUAUGCAUUUGCGAUUGCUACGAUGAACGAAUGAAAAACAUAAUAGCAAUUGUGGAACAGCAAUUACUUUCAGAAAAACUACCAUCGAUUCAUCCUCACCAUUCCAUUUUAUAUCCAUUAUCAAACAAAGCAAGAAAAGCAAUUGCAGAAAGGCAUGCUAAUUUGUAUACAGAGAAAGUAAAUAUGGUUAAUAAUCCUACUUUUACAUAUAAUAUAUUAAACGAUGAUCGAAUACGUAUCGGUUACGUAAGUAGCGAUUUCGGAAACCAUCCUACAUCUCACCUGAUGCAAUCUAUACCAGGACUGCAUGACCAAUCUAAGUUCGAAAUAUUUUGCUAUGCUUUAAAUCCAGAUGAUGGUACAACAUUCCGUAGAAAAAUAGUUCGAGAAUCAGAACAUUUUGUUGAUUUGUCUCAAAUAACGUGCAACGUGGAAGCAGCAAAGAAAAUCAACGAGGACAAUAUACACAUUUUAAUUAAUAUGAAUGGUUAUACAAAGGGAGCAAGAAACGAAAUUUUUGCUUUAAAACCAGCACCGAUACAAGUUAUGUGGCUAGGAUAUCCUGGAACUAGUGGCGCAGAUUAUAUGAACUAUAUUAUAACUGACGAAACGUCUUGUCCCAUAUCAGCUGUUAAUGAUUUUAGCGAGAAAUUCGCUUACAUGCCCCAUACUUACUUUAUCGGUGAUCAUAAGCAAAUGUUUCCGCAUUUAAUAAAACAAUAUAAAAUAAGAAUUACUGAUGAUGAAAUGACUGAUGAUAAUAGAACAAUAAUAAAUGUACCAGAGAAUGUGAACGUCAAUCAAAUGUUUUUGGUAAGUGAAGAGAAACAAUGUAUUAAAUACGAGAAUUUAAAACCAAUAAAUAUAGUUGAAAAUAUAUUAUACAUUCCGAGACAAGUAUCCGAAAUAAUAUUAAAUCCCACAUUAGAUAAGAUGAUUGAUAUAAAUGGAAAAAAUAUUUAUAAUGGUAAAUUAAUAAAUACUGGUAAUGAAAAGAUGGGAUCAGGACAGGAAGUUGUUGACAAUAUAAUAUUUACUUCAAGGAAGCAUUAUGGACUUCCGAGUGAUGCGAUAGUUUAUUGUAAUUUUAAUCAGCUAUAUAAGACUGAUCCCAAAAUUUUGGAGACAUGGGUUGAAAUUUUAAAAAUGGUGCCAAAUAGUGUCCUCUGGCUUUUAAGCUUUCCACCUGCCGGUGAACCAAAUAUCUUAAGAUAUGUACAGAGCUUAGGGUUAUCACCCACACGUGUGAUAUUUUCUAAAAUAGCAUGUAAGGAAGAACAUGUUCGGAGGGGUCAAUUGGCUGAUGUCUGUUUAGACACACCUUUGUGUAAUGGACACACUACAGCUAUGGAUAUUCUGUGGGCGGGUACACCAAUAGUUACACUUCCUGGGGUGACGUUAGCAUCAAGAGUUGCUGCAUCUCUGUUAAAAACCCUUAAUUGUCCUGAACUAAUUGCUAAAGACAGGAGCAAUUACGUGAAUAUUGCAGUCGAACUUGGCAGAAAUAAAGAUUAUCUCAGAUAUGUUCGGGCGAAGGUUGCGGAAUCUCGUUUACAUAGCACUUUAUUUGAUUGUAAAUAUUAUGCAAGUGGAUUGGAAUCAUUGUAUAUCAAAAUGUGGGAGUUGUAUAAAAGUGGAAAAAAUGCCAUUAAUUUGAAAGCAUUCCAAUAAAAAUUGACAGCGGACUUGCGCAUGCAUAAAACUAAGAUCUGGAUUUCAUCAGGGUUAUAACAUACAAGUAUACUGGCCAUUUUAGUGACUCGCCGUCCAGAAACGUCCAUUAAAAUAGAAAACAUACGUUUUCACUUGGGUAAUGAAUCCAUUAAAAUGUAAUAAUGAAAUUCAAACAAUAAAUGUAACUUAUAAUUAAAAUUUUACUUAUUAUAUUUGUGAUG